UGUCGUAACAACUUGCUGUUCACUUUAAUUUACCUCCCCUAGCAAGCAAGCAUUCAUUUACUGAGAUAUCAACAUCUUGUCGCAUGAAUUCUCAGUGCUAAUCCACUUCCGGCAUCUUUCCACCAAAUAGUAUCAACUCACUGCAGCAUCAGUUCGUUGUUACAGACAGCCAGCCAGCAAGCAUUAACGUUUGCCUCGGUUGCCCCCCUAGAGCUGACAAAAACGACUGAGCUCCGCCGGAGUGAACGACCAACCCGACCAACCUUGGCCGUAUUCCUGCGCAUCCCCUCCUUCCUCCUGCCUCAUGCGAUAAACACGGCAAACCCUUGGCAAACACCAGACCACCAUCAUACUGAGCAAGGAACAAUACACAUUUGCCAAUAUGUCUGUCGAGAUUGAUCCAUCGGAGCUUGGUUUCCGCCGACCCUUCACCGUGGAGGUCUCGGAAGUAUUGAAGAUUAGAAACCCCAAUACUCACCCGGUUGCUUUCAAGGUCAAAACCACGGCACCGAAACAAUAUUGUGUCCGACCGAACUCUGGCAGAGUCGAGCCGGGCAAGGAGGUGGAGGUCUCUGUCAUCCUCCAAGCGAUGAAGCAAGAGCCUCCUAUGGACACAAAGUGCCGCGACAAAUUCCUUGUUCAAUCUGUCGCAAUAACUAGCGAUCAGGAAUUCGCAAACCUGACCAGCAUUUGGGAGGGAAUUGACAAGUCGUCAGUUCAAGAGAAGAAGAUCCGGGUUGUGUUUUUGUCCGCUGGGGGCACGAGUGAGGGAACGCCCGAUAUCGCACCUCCUGCCUACUCCUCUCCCGGUAACUACGGCAGCGCAACUCGAGCCGAGCCCAAAUCCUCAACCGAUGAGCCGGAAUUCAAGACCGAGGACUCGCCAUCAGUCGCACAAGGAUUCGCGUCGUCGUCUUCUGCUGCUACGAGCAGUGUGGCGAGCCCAGAAAAACUCAAGGCAGAGCUAGCACAGGCCGAGAAGAUAAUCGCCCAGCUGAAGGCAGAACAGGGAGGGCUCCGACAACGCAAGACUGGAGGAGCAACUGCUGAGGACAAUUCACAGCCAGCCCAGCUCGCCCAAGCUGUGAGAACAGGAACCGAAGGCGUGCCGGUGCAAGUCACAGCCGCGUUGUGUUUCUUGAGCUUCUUGCUCGCAUACCUCUUCUUCUAAACUGGCCCUAGGACCAUCUCUUCACUUUAAACGAGCCUUGCCCGGAUGGGUUUUUUUUGAGUCUGAAUCACAAGGAUGGCUGGUGUUUUUUGAGAGCACUACGGAAUUUGACUGGACCCAUGCUGCCACGAGCAGCAAAGUCUGAAGACACUAAGAAUAAUGGUUGACCGUGGGGCAGAGCAGAGGGUAGAUAUUCUUGGGAUCAGGCUGAUCUUUAGUUAAAAGGUAGCCGUGGUCCGUUGAACAGCCUCUGUGUACUUUAGCAUCUACUCUCUUUUGUUGGAGCCUGGAAUCGACUUUACGCUUUAUACGCGGCAAUUGCUUUCC